UUUAGCCCUAACGAAUACGCACUCCUUGAAUAUCCUACUCGAAAUCUCUUCAUAUUGGGACUGGGAAUCCUGUUCGGAUGGAUGCUCAUUAUUCUCAUAUGUGCAUCACCUCAAACUUGCAUUUUCUAUUUUUAUUGGAUUUUGCACGACCCAUCUUUCACAUCUACUUUGCGGAUCUCAGCACUUUUCACAUUCGACUCGUUUCCUCGAAUCCAUUAUCCACGAAAGUCUUCUAACUUUUACGUUUGGCUUCGGUUUGCUGCUUGA